AUGUAUGAAGAUCCUGUGAGAAUAGUUGAGGAAUUAAGAGGAAUUCAAAAACCAAUUUCUUCCAAGUCUCAAAAGGGGAAGAACACUCCUCAUGUAGAUGAUCAUUUCAUGCCUAGAACAAUUCCUGAAGCUCAACCUAACUUGAAGAGUGUCUUGCAAAAUAUGCAAAUUGUAGAAAAGUGUGACAAAGCCAUUGCAAAAUGGAUGAUAGAUGCUUUAGUGCCAUUUAAUGUAGUUAGCUCGGCAUAUUAUCAACCUAUGAUUGAUGCUAUUAGUAGCAUAAGUCUAGGGUAUAAAGCUCCAAAUUUUUAUAGAAUUUGUGAUCCUUUGUUAAAUAUGUGGGUUGAUGAUGUGAGGAACCUUAUUGAAAGUUACAAAGAAGUUUGGAAGGAAACUGGAUGUACUCUGAUGGCUAAUGGGUGGACUGACCGCUCUAGGAGAACUCUCAUUAAUUUUCUUAUUUAUUGUCUUAAAGGGACUGUUUUCUUAAGGUUAUUAGAAAAAGAGUUUCCUAAAUUAUAUUUGUCUUCUUGUGCUGCUCACUGCAUUAAUUUGAUGUUGCAAGACUUUGGGAAAUUUGAGGAAGUAUGUGGAAGAGAUAUACUUCAUCCAGCUCCAACUCAAUUUGCAACUAAUUUCAUUGCCUUGCAAAUCAUAUUGGCUCAAAAGAAUGCAUUGAUGGCUAUGGUGACAUCUAAGGAUUGGAUAGGAUCAACUUAUGCCAAAUACUCCAAGGCUAAAAAAUUUGUGGAACAAAUCUUGGACUCUGGUUUUUGGAAACAAUGUGCUAAUAUUGUGAAGCUUACAAAAUCAUUGAUCAAUGGUGGGAUUGUUAAGGAUGUAAUGUUCCACAAUUACAAAAAUUGGUUAUUCGUGUUUUAA